AUGGCAUCUGAACAAGCUAUCUUCGACGCUGAAGUCAAAGCUUUAGAGGAGUUCCAAAAGCAACCUCGAUUCGCCCGAGUCCACCGUCCAUUCACCGCCGCCGAUGUAGUCUCCAAGAGAGGAACUCUACCCAUCUCUUACCCUUCCGACGUACUAGCCAAGAAAUUAUGGAAGAUCCUCGAAGCUAAGAAAAGAGGUGAAGGUGGUGGAUGUACCGCUACUUAUGGAGCCCUUGAUCCUGUCCAGCUUACUCAGAUGGCAAAACACCUGGAGACUGUCUAUGUAUCCGGAUGGCAAUGCUCUUCAACGGCUUCGAGCUCCUUAGAACCAGGACCUGAUCUUGCAGACUACCCAUCCAAUACUGUACCCAACAAAGUCGCUCAGCUGUUCACCGCUCAACUUUUCCAUGAUCGAAAACAACGAUGGACGAGGUCGACUGCAUUGCAAAAGGGAGAAAAACUCGGUCCUCCCAUUGAUUACUUACGACCUAUCGUAGCUGAUGCCGAUACAGGUCAUGGAGGUCUUACUGCCGUUAUGAAACUCACCAAAAUGAUGGUCGAAGCUGGUGCAGCUGGUAUACACGUUGAGGAUCAAGCUCCAGGUACCAAGAAAUGUGGUCAUAUGGCUGGAAAGGUCCUUGUACCAAUCUCCGAACACAUCAACCGACUUGUGGCUAUGCGAUUCCAAUGUGAUAUAAUGGGUACCACCAACCUGGUCGUUGCUCGAACCGACUCUGAAGCUGCCACAUUGAUCACCUCGAAUAUCGAUCCUCGAGAUCAUGCUUUCAUCCUCGGUUCGACCAAUCCCGACUUGAUUUCCCUGAACGAAAUCAUGGUUGCUGCUGAGUUGGAAGGACGUAACGGUGCCGCUUUACAGGAGAUCGAAGAUCAAUGGAUGAAGAAAGCCAACUUACAACUAUACCCCGAAACACUCGCCAAGGCAUUAUCCGCCCAGGGAGUCGAUAAUGGUAAAGUUCAAGAAUUCUUAAAAGCUGUCAGCGGUACUGCCCAUGCAUCUCAUAAUGGCGCUUUGCAGCUCGCUCAGGAGAAAUACGGAUUAAAGAGCGCUCCAUACUGGAAUUGGGAUACACCAAGGACAAGAGAAGGUUAUUACAGAUAUCAAGGUGGUACACAAUGUGCGAUCAAUCGUGCGGUCGCUUUCGCCCCGUACGCUGAUCUCCUGUGGAUGGAAACGAAAUCGCCCAUCUACGCUCAAGCAAAGGAAUUUGCAGAAGGUGUACAUAAGGAGAGACCAGGUCAUUGGUUGGCGUACAAUCUCAGUCCGUCGUUCAAUUGGGAUGCAGCUGGUUUGGGUGAGAAGGAGAUGAAAGAUUUCGUAUGGAGUUUGGGAAAAUUAGGAUUCAUCUUCCAGUUCAUCACUCUCGCCGGUCUCCACUCCAACGCAUACAUAAACGAUCAAUUCGCUCGUGCAUUCUCUCAAGAAGGUAUGAAAGCGUACGUCGAGCUGAUCCAAAGGAAAGAGCGGGAGAUCGGAUGCGAUGUAUUAACUCACCAAAAGUGGUCGGGAGCUGAUUAUGCAGACGCUAUGAUGAUGACCGUCACUGGUGGAGUCUCGUCAACCGCUGCAAUGGGUAAGGGAGUUACCGAAUCACAAUUUGGGGAUGACAAGUCCAAGAAAGCUUUACAUAAGCUGUAG